AUGGGGCUCACUGUGGUGUCGGCGUGCUCGGGCAAAGUCCUGCUGGUCCUCAGCCUGGAGGACUUUCAAACCGAGCGGACCAGUGGCACCAGCCUCACAGGAAGGGCACUGAAGCUGGAGUUGGCAGCACGACAGUUUGGCACAAGGUUCCGGUUGAGACUCUUGCAUGUGGACAGCAGUGUGGAGAUAAAGGACGAGGACGCGCUGAUGUUGCCGCUGGAACUGAAGCUGGUGAUGUUGGCCCUUUGCCCACCUGAUCCAGAAGAGGACGCCCAAUUCAUCCUGGCCUGCGAAGAAGGACACCUAGAGGAGGUGGAGCAGAGUUUGCAGCGGCCCCAAGACCCAGACACCACCGAUAUGGGAUGGACUGGUUUGCAUUUGGCAGCUCUGAAUCUGGGAACCAGCAAGAGCCGGUGA